AUAAAGGACGUGUCUAAUUUUUAGAACUAAUAAAAGGCAACGUGAUGUUCAACCAGCCAAUUACAAAGCUCCUAGGGGCUUUUCCUGCUCAGCACAUGAUCCACCUGCUGCUCUACACCCCCACAGAAGACUCAGACCGGCAGACUUCCUGCUUCUUUGCUUCAUUCUAACAAGUUUUUCCAUUUAAAGAUUCUGGACAUCAGCUUCAAGGCAGCUUUGGAGUUCUACACAUCCUGGAGAAAAGAAAAAUAAAAGACUGACGGCUGGAGCUUUAUUCCCAGACUCACCCUAACGAACAGUAGAGCACCUCAGGGAGCCAUUUGUAGGAUUUCAUCUGCUAACAGACUCUGCUGCUCAGUAACGUCGCCAUGCCAACGGUUAAGAGCAAGAAGAAGAAAGUGAAAAAGGAGGUUGUGGAGGCAGAGGAGCAGAAAGAAGCGCGCCUGGAGGUGGAGGUGGAGAACAUGACCAACAGGAACAACAGCAAAAAACCUCCAACCCCAGACCUGCAGGAUCCUGCACCACAGAAGAAGAAGAAAAAGAAGAAGGCCUUGACUAUUGACCAGGAAACAGAGAGCGCUGACGUACCAAACGGUAACACAGCUGAGCUUGUUGUGGACGACGAAGACAUGCCUGUUGCUGUCACCAGAAAGACGAAGAAGAAAAGGAAGACGAAGGCGACGGAGCACUACAGCAGUGACCUGGGAGCAGAAGAUGAUGACAUUAUCUCUGAUGUUCAGUCACCCAUCCCACAGCAUUCCCUGUUCUCCGCCCCACACGGACACAGCCAGUCGGUCAGCAGGGUCUUUGUGGAGAGGAACCGACGCUUCCACACAGAUCACGUGGAGCAGCUGCGGCACCCAGAGCUGACAGAGGACUACAUGGACCCUAGACAGCUCUGGACCACCAGAGACGUGGCUCUGAGAGCUCACAAUGGCUUCAGGGUGAUUGGUCUGUUCUCUCAUGGGUUCCUGGCAGGCUAUGCUGUGUGGAACAUUACUGUUGUGUACGUGUUAGCGGGUGAAGAGAUGACCACACUGCCCAACCUGCUGCAGCAGUACCAUCCACUGGCCUACCCAGCACAGUCCCUGCUCUACCUGCUGCUGGCUAUCAGCACCGUGUCUGCAUUUGACCGAGUAAACCUGGCAAAGACCUCUAUGGCCCUGAGAGGCUUCCUCACCCUGGACCCUGUUGCUGUGGCUUCAUUCUUGUAUUUUAUAGCCCUCAUACUGUCCCUCAGCCAGCAGAUGACCAGUGACCGGAUUAACCUCUAUCCCACCGCCAAUGCCACUCUGUGGCCUCCAGGGUCAGAGCACCAAAUCCUUCGUCCAUGGAUCGUGGUCAACCUGGUGGUGGCCCUGUUAGUGAGCGUGGCCUGGGCCGUCGUGUCCACGCGGCCAGACAUUGACUACACAGAAGAGUUCCUGAUGACUAUGGAGGUGGAAGGAUACCCAAGAGCAGAUGAAAACCUGGACCUCCCAGCCUAAACUCAGUCCCCUUGUCCCUAACGCAGACUCUUGUUUUAAGCAAGUUUUAUUUUACAAGUAAAUAUUUACCACUUGUUUGCUGAGUGUACAUUUGUAAAUGAAUAAAGAACUGUGUAAAUUUUACAACAGCGGCUGUCUUGUUUUGAGUUAGAAUAUUCUGUUUCAAAAUUAAAACUAAGUUUUAAAACCAA